AAGCCCAGGGGGCCUGACGGUGUUGGAUUUCUAUAAAAGCCCAAGCGCGGUCGGGGUAGAGCUAGUUUGGGGAAGAGUACGCAAAGUGAGCACUGGUUGAGACUGUCUUGCUGCGCUCAAAAAAGAAGAGGCCUGUCUUUUGCACCAUUUAAACACGUCUAGCGUCUUGUAGUAUCGGCUACAGUCCAAUUUUGACGAGUCUUUGUACCUCGAGAGAACCGUACGUCAUGCGGCAGGUACCUGCAGUGCUGAUGGGGUUUGCGACGCUCCUGACGGUCGCUUUUGCCGCCCCGCCCAUUGAAGUAAGCGCCCCGCCUCCACCAAUUACAGUGCCCGUUGUAACCAAGUACAUCACGUCCGAGGUGCAGACGCUGGCUCAAGAUGCAAGCAUCACGCUGAUUGGUCAUCUGUGUGAGCAGUCCAAGGGUCUGGGAGUCCAGGUGACAGUGCUACUCAACAACAAUCCUGACUGGGACACGUCUUUUGGUGUCCUGUGGUACUACGUCGUGGACGACCCAAAAAAGAAUAGUACCGCCGCGCUGUGCAGCAACUACCCCGCAGGUGUUCCAGGGGCUAACUGCACGGUGAAAGCAUGGCCGAGUGUCAGCGACAUCUACAUCAAAGGACAUGCUGGCCAAUCAGAGGCCGUCUCCUUCACGAUUGAUGUGGAGGUCAGACCAGCGGCCAGGCGUGGAGUUAAACUUCAACCAAUCACCUUCGCCAAGGCGCCCGUCCGGAAACUGGACUUCCCUCCCUCGGCCAACGAGCUGACCGUGUACCUGUCCGAGAUUGUAACCCUGGCAACCUCGCAAUCGCUGGCCUAUCACCAGAAGGCACAGUUGACUUUCACCUUCUGCCCAACUCCGCAGACCGGCACGCGCUACGAAGUACAGGCGGUAGUCACGGCCAUCGACGGACGAAGCUCCUACGCGCUGUACAUCUGUGACAAGCUGCCGUGUGUGGUGGACGGCCCGAAUGUCAUCGCUCACAAUGGUCGCCAGUUGCCUAGCAACACCGUCACCACGGCCUCCGGCACCUGGAAAACGCUGUACGCCCUCGUGGUAUGUUGGGGAGGCGUCUGGAACCCGACCCAACACGAAUACAUCGGCAAGUUCGUGUUCAAUGCUCACAUGAUAUAGGUCAUCUGUGCAGUAACA